GUAAUUUUCCGUUAGAGUUUUCGUUAAAGAAAAAUGAUGAAUCGUAUGUUAUCCAAUUAACGAACAAAACAAGUAGAGCUCUAGAAUUUCAAUGCAUGCUACCUCAACCGGAAACUUUCAGCUGCAGCCCUGGAGACGGAAGAAUAAAGGCGUAUGGCCAUAAGAAGCUUAGGAUUUUGCGUCAGCAAAUAGGAAAACUGGAUGGAGAACUGGGUAUCCUUGUGACUGAUGCUAAGCAUGAGCCCUCUAAUGAGUGUUCCUGUUGGACAAAGUUUCCGAGACAUGACGUACACACAACAACUGUUCAGCUUUCAUUUCCCGCCUUUAAUGGAGCAUGCAUAAUUCUUUUAAUGGCUGCAAAAAUUAAGGGAUUCAUGUCAAGAUUCUGGAAACAUGCUCUGCUGUGUACGUUAUGGAUGACACUAGUUCUUCUAUACUUCUGGAUUUUUAAAAAAAAUGCUGCCGAGAAUUCUAUGCCAUGGAUGCAAAGAAACCUCUGCAGGAUGAUUUACUUUUUGCCUUUCUGUUCUCCUGUGUAACAUAAUAACAUUUCUUAUCCUUCCUUCUAUGAUUAGUAAGUAUAUUUUUCACGGCGUGAAACGGUUGUGAAAAAUUUUAAUGUAAAAUUUUCUCAAAAAUGUGCUCUUUCGGAAGUAGUAUUUAAAAUUAUUUGUCUAAAAUGUGGAAUAGCAAGAAGGAGGCAAUGAUUCAUUUACUCUUUUGUUAUGUUUAAGAAAUUGAAGAACUGUAGCCAAAUAAACUAAGU